AUGGAUAGCAUUUCUAAAGCAACAAAUAAAUCACCAACUAGAAGGAAUACACCCAAAACGCAAGAUGCAUUAUUAACCGAGAGUAGAAGCAACUUCAAAUAUAAACUUGCAAUGUCUUUUGGGCUGGCAGAGAAAAGACUGGGUUUGACAGAUGAAAAAGUGAAGGCCUAUCUUUCUCUUCACCCUCAGGUACUGGAUGAAUUUGUGUUAGAGAGUGUCGGUGCUGAAACGGUGGAAAAAUGGCUACAAAGGAAACAAAAUAAAGAGGAAGAGGAUUCAGCUCCUAAUCAUGUCAGCAGGUACCAGAAUUCUGAUAUGGAAGGAAUGGUGUACGACCUGAACAGCCAUUUAGAGAAACGGAUGGAUAUAGCAGGGAACAAUCAACUGCUCUUGUAUGAAUUGAGCACCAUCAUUCAAAUAGCUACAAAGGCUGAUGGGUUUGCACUGUAUUUCCUGGGAGAAUGCAAUAAUAGUCUUUGUAUGUUCACACCACCAAGAGUGAAGGAUGGACAACCGGUACUUGUUCCUGUAGGACCAGUUAAAUAUGGCACUACAAUAUCUGCUCAUGUAGCCAAAACUAGGAAAACACUAUUAAUAGAAGAUAUUUUGGGGGAUGAACGGUUUCCCAAAGGAACUGGGCUGGAAUCAGGGACUGGUAUCAAGUCUGUACUUUGUUUGCCAAUUGUUACCGUGCUUGGAGAUCUAAUUGGUAUCCUGGAGCUUUAUCGAAAAUGGGGUAAUGAAACUUUCCAUCUCAGUCAUCAAGAGGUUGCUGUAGCAAACCUUGCCUGGGUCUCAGUAGCAAUGCAUCAAAUAGAGUCUUCCCAACAUUUGCACCAGGUAUCCAAGGGUUUGGCCAAACAGACUGAACUGAAUGACUUCCUGCUUGAUGUAUCAAAAACCUACUUUGAUAACAUAGUUGCAAUAGAUUCUCUACUUGAAAAUAUAAUGAUAUAUGCAAAAAAUCUGGUGAAUGCAGAUCGCUGUGCACUCUUCCAGGUAGAUCAGAAGAACAAUGAGUUGUAUUCAGACUUGUUUGAUAUUGGAGAAGUACAUGAAGGGAAGCCGGUCUUCAGGAAGACCAAAGAAAUAAGAUUUUCUAUUGAAAAAGGAAUAGCUGGUCAGGUAGCAAGAACUGGUGAGGUCCUCAACAUACCUGAUGCCUAUGCAGAUCCACGUUUUAACAGGGAGGUAGAUCUCUACACAGGCUAUACAACAAGGAACAUUUUAUGCAUGCCUAUUGUGAGUCGCGGAAGUGUCAUUGGUGUCGUGCAGAUGGUGAACAAACUAACUGGAAGUGCCUUUUCUAAAACCGACGAGAACAAUUUUAAAAUGUUUGCAGUCUUUUGUGCUUUAGCAUUGCACUGCGCUAAUAUGUAUCACAGAAUUCACCAUUCAGAAUGUAUAUAUCGUGUAACUAUGGAGAAGCUUUCAUAUCACAGUGUUUGUACAGCAGAAGAAUGGAAAACUUUAAUGGAUUGCAAACUCCCAUCACAACUCUGCAGAGAAAUUGAACAAUUCCAUUUUGACAUUGGUCCUUAUGAAGAUUUUUGGCCAGCAAUUUUCGUCUAUAUGAUCCAUCAAUGUUGUGGAGUAGGCUGGAUGAACAGAGGUCGAAAAGCUAACAACAGAGAAGAUGGCAGUGCUAUGAUGUCAGCAUUGAGCCUUUAUAUGGAAUCUGAUAUUAUGGAGGAAGGUUUUGAUAUAGAAAAACUAUGUCGUUUCACGAUGUCUGUAAAGAAGAACUACCGUCGAGUGCCCUAUCACAACUGGAAACAUGCCAUCACAGUUGCACAUUGCAUGUAUGUUAUUCUUCAGCACAACCACAGGACUUUCACAGACUUAGAAAAGCAUUCUGGAAUUGAUCUGUUCACCUUUUAUAUUGCACCAUUUUAUUUUGAAAUGCUUCACUUGAUAGCCAAACAGGUUGAGUGCAUUUAUUUGUUAAGGGAUCGCGUGAUUGGCUUGAUGAUGACAGCUUGUGACUUAUGUUCUGUGACAAAAUUAUGGCAUAUUACCAGACUGACAGCUAAUGAUAUAUACGCAGAAUUUUGGGCUGAGGGUGAUGAUAUGAAGAAGUUAGGUAUUCAACCUAUACCUAUGAUGGACAGAGAUAAAAAAGAUGAGGUUCCUCAGGGUCAGAUUGGGUUCUAUAAUGCUGUAGCAUUGCCCUGCUAUGGUACACUUGCACAAAUCCUCCCUCCCACAGCACCACUACUUCGAGCAUGCAGGGAAAAUCUCAAACAAUGGGAAAAGGUAAUACGAGGGGAAGAAGCUUAUGGAUGGAUACCAACGCAGUCCAGUAGUGCUGACUCAGACUCUUUCCCUGUGAAGAUUGUUGACUGA